GAAGAAAUUUACAAUUACCUAAAUAAUAUGUUGAAAAUAUUUACGAAAAUAUCAAGCACCGCUGAAGUGUAUAUCAAAGUGAUAUCGUAUAAUCUAUUCAUGUCAUCUAUUGAUUCUGUGAAUGCAUGUCAGCUGUGGGUUUUGUAGCAAUAAGCUAUGGAUAUAAGAUGCCAUAAUCUAGACAGGAAAUGAUCCAUGCACGAGAUGAAGUGCAUUAGAACUACGGAAUCAUACACGCAUUAAAUUACGACGUAAUCACGAAUUUCAAAUAUACCACUCUCAUCCAAGGUAUACUGUAAUACUAAACUGCAACAACAUGAACUAUCCAAUAAACCUUCUAGAAUAGGUUAGGGCUGAUGAAUACAUUGAAGAUGUAAAUUCACAUCAAGCUGAUUUCAAGAAUGACGGUGUUCUUUAUACAAACCGAAACUGGCCUACAGGAAUAAAGCCGUCUUCAAAGAAACAUCACAUACACAACAUUCAGAGCAACAAUAAGGGUUACAGGGUCAUAUUUUCAUCAAUUCCCAAUAUUGUGAGAAGACUGUGGCACCCGAAAUAUAAAUAAAAUCUUAUUUUCUUCAUAGUUUGAUAGAAAGUACCAAAAUGGUGAAGUUAUCAGAUUUCUCCAAAUCUUGCCGACUUUGUUCAAGAGUCUAUCGGGUUGAAAAAUUGGUAAAAGUAUUCAGUAAUAGAGGAAUAUCUCUACGCCUUAAAGAUAGUGUCAAUGCACACCUACCAAUAAAGGUGAUUGAAACAGACACAAUGCCACGAAACAUCUGCAUCAAUUGCAUCAGGAGGCUAAAUACUACUAAUGAGUUUUUUGACACAGUUCUAGCUGCUGAUAAACUCUUCAAGAGAUUGCUUAAAAAGAAAGAACAGGAAUAUGUGGACCAGCUUGACAAAAAGCAACAAUCAAAGCACUAUUUUCAAAAUGAAAAAACCGAGGCACACACACGUCUUUCACAAUCACAAGUAAAAUCUUUGGAGAAUACUGAUAAUCGGAUGGCAUCUCUUGUUAAUGAUCAUGUUGGAGUAUCUAAAGUUUUAGCCGAAUCUAAACUUGAUUCGAAUAGAACUAAAAUCGAGAUUCCUGCAGACAAAAAUGCCAACGAAGGUAAAUACCUCAGCGCUAUUUCUAAGUCCAAUCAUGUAGUAUUGGGGGCUGGAAACUGUAAAGGAAAUAUCGUAAUCAAGGUUACAAAUAAUGCUGCCUAUACUCCUAAAGAUCAGUGUACAAAACUUCCGAUAGAAGUGCUGUGCUGCCCUGAUUGUAAAGAGACGGCAAAAAUUUUUUCAACCGAAGAAAGGCAGUUAUUCUUUGAAUAUUUGAAACAGCAUUGUUGCAAUCAAACAGUUGACACUGGUGAGGUGGUCAAAUCAUUUGUUAAGUACAAGGAAAUCUUUGGGAGUGGAGUCAUUGUAGAUCCAAAAUUAAAGGCUUUGGAAACUAAUGACCCCCCAAAACUAACAUCUAGUAGAGUUUGGCCAGAAGGUGAUUUACCAGCUGAUCCUGGCCCCAGUCCUACAACUCACGAGAACAUAUUUGAAGAUGAAGUAAGAUUGGAUGAUGAUUUUCAUUGGCCAAUGCCCAAACGCAUCAGAAAACUGCACGCUUGUACUGUUUGUGACUUUAUGGCAAAAAGUGCAAUGGGGCUGAAAGCCCAUAAAAAAAUGCAUAGAACUGAUAAGAAACAAAUAUCACAGGCAGUUAAAUGUCAACAUUGCAAUGAAAAAUUUGAGACAAUCACAGAAGUUAGAAAGCAUCAACGUCUGGCACAUGUUACUUUUGGAGCAAAAAACUCAUUGUGCGAAUAUUGCGGUGUAUUGAAGGCACAGAAAGCUUUGAGGGAUCAUGUCCUGAAACAACACACUGUGGAGAGCGAAAUAGAAAAGCAGGAAUGUGAUGUUUGCGGAAAAUCCUUUAUUUCACCGACAAGCUUAUACCUGCAUAAGAAAAUUCACACAUUAGGUGAAAAACACCUCUGCGAUUUAUGUGGAAAAUCUUUCAAACAAAGAAUUGCACUGCGGCGUCACUACAUGCUGCAUUUUCCACGUGCUCCGCCAAAAUUCAAAUGUAAUAUAUGCGAGAAAAGAGUUACUACCAGAGGCUCACUUCGUCUGCACAUGAUGAGACAUACUGGUGAAAAACCGCAAGAGUGUCCAGAAUGUCACUUAGUAAUGAGGCAUGGGUUGAAACAUCAUAUGAGAUUACAUUCCGAUGAAGCACCAUUUAAGUGUGUGGUAUGCAGUGCUGAUUUCAAGCGUCGGGAUUAUGUUCGUCGUCACAUGAGAAAACAUUUGAACGAAACAACAGAGCUUCAAACAUUACAGUGUACGAUUUGCGAUCACCAAUUCGAUGAUAUCAAGGAUUUUCUAAUUCAUCAUCGAGAUAUACACGGCAACGAAAUAUUUACUCAAAUCAAGAUAUAUGAAUGUAAAACAUGUUCCAUGCAGUUUGCCGACGCUCUACAACACAAAGAUCAUGAAGACACGUGUAAAACUGUAGAAUGGGAACCUCUUAAAUCUCAUAAUACCGAACCACAGUCCUGUAUCAUGGUUAGCGGUGCCAAAGUUGACGAUGUAAGGGAUCACAGAAACUGCCCACGAAGUAGUGGGUUAGAUGGGUCCGACCUUUGUUCUCACUGUCAUGAUAAAGAACCAAGUCAAAAUAGUCUUGUGGUACACAGAAGAAGUGAACCAUCGAGACAGUCUUUCAUCAAUGCCCUUGAUGAUCAAAGAUUUCCCAGUCAAAUAGAGCGUAUUGCAUAUCACCAAAAUCGUUACAAAUUUAAUGAUUCUGACAGAUUAAAAAGAACGGACGAAGGAAACCCACAGCUUCACCCCUCCGUUCAUGUUAUUUUGCCAGAGGAAGUCAUGUGUCUAGGUGCUAACCCGUCCGAGUAUUCGUAUAAUAUAGAAAAACCAAGCCUCCGAGUAAAAGGAAUACCACUCAUGGUGGAUGAACAAAUAACUAACAACAGUAUUGCCGUUUUUGAAAGUCCAGUUGAAGAGUUCAGUCAAACUUCACAUUCCCAAUCACAGCUUAGAAUGCAUCAAAGUACUGAUGGUUACGUUAGGGAUUCCCUUACUUGGAAACAACACUAGGAGAAUGAAUAUGGGUGUCUCUUCUUCUUUCCUCAGAAGGAACGUCUAUACUGACCCAUCAAGAAAAAAUAUCAAUUCAUAGCUACUAGUCCGCACUGAGUUUCUUCGCAUUGGUGUAUGAACUUGAGUUCGGAAGGUAACUUUCCAGCCAAGUAAUAGUCAAGCUUCACUUUCUACGGCCUCAUAUUGUAAUGUUGCCCGAAUCAACGUUAUUCUUUGAUAUUAAUAAGUAAAUAAAAUAUACGCACAAUCAAA